UAGAUGGCAAGUGGAGAAUGGUGCUAGCAUCCACUUCUGGGAGGAUACUUGAUUUGGUGGCUGAUCUUGAGAACUAUCCGCAAGUGGGAGUUGUAGUUCAAAGAAAAGAUGCAGGCUGCAGUAAACAAGUUCUGCACACACAUCUCUUGCCUGCUCCAGGAACCGAUUCGGCUGUCUUGGAGAUGAACGAGAUCCUCGACCUGUCUACUUCCUUCUCCCCAGCGACCCCUGAGCUUGGAGCUAUCCUGGCGGAGGCUGUUCCUGAGGGAUGCUCGUCGCUCCGCAUUUCGGACCCGUCGCCACCCAUCUCCAGCUGCCUGCCUGGAAUUCCCAGCAAGGAGGCGCGGUCUGCUUCUGAGAUCCGUGAGAAGCUCCAGGUGCUGCUGGCACGCCUCGCCGCUGGGCAUGCCCAAAUUGAUGCCUGAUGCCUGAGUUGUCCUCCUCUGUAUUGAUGUUUCAGUAUAUCCUC